GGCAGGGGAGAGUCAGGGAGAUUUGGCGGGGAGGACGAGGCUCAUACCUGAACUGGGCGUCAAGAAUCUCACAGAGCGGGUUCGCCGAUAAGUCGUUCCCCGCCGAAACGGAGCCUGCGGCCUCAGACCCCGCUCAAGUACCUCAUCGUUGCUGCUGCUUCCCCUUAGCCACGAGCAACCCCGGGCAGAAGAGGAGGGCGAAGAGGGCAGGUUUUCCUCAGAACCGCCACCAAGUGGUCCGGCAAUCCGGAGCCAUGGAGCUGUUCCUGGGCGAAUACAAGCCUGUGCAGCAGGACUACGGCCUGCACCUCCGGCUCUCGGGGGAAUCGGCCCAGGUGGCGCCGACCACCCCCAGCACCAAGGCGGGGUCCUACGGGGUCAGCAUCCGGGUCCAGGGCAUCGACGGCCACCCCUACCUGGUGCUGAACAACGCCGAGCGUGGCCGACCCCUCUCCGAGAGCGCCCAGUCCCGUCCCCAGCCCCUGCCGCACCGUGGGGGGCCCAGACCGGCCGACCGGGUGGACGAGGCGUGCUCCGCCAGCCACCCGCCCGCCCUGCCCGGCGCCAAGUGGAGCCCCAAGGUGGCCCGCCCCUCCGAAGACCCGCCCGGCACCCCGGAAGGUGGGGAGGGUCCACCUGAGCCCCCGCAGCAGGGCGAGGCAGAGGGCCGGAUCCCGGCGGAGGGGCCGGGGGAGAGCCUCGGGCCCACCAGCCCCCAGGCCCAGAGCCCUAUGGAAAGCGAGAAGUUGGGACAGAGGGUCCGCGGCGGCCCGCCGAAGCCCCCCAGUCCGCCCCUGCUCCCGGGCAGCCCGGCCCCCUCCGGGGACCCCAAAGGCCCAGGCGUCCGGGACGGAGGGUCGGAGGAGCCGGGGUCCCCCGACGGCAGCCGGGACGCCGGGACCCCGCGGCCGGAUCUCCUCCCCUUCCGCCGGCAGGACUCGGAUGGGUCCCGUUCCCGCCGGUCCUCCGCCUCGUCGGCCGCGACCGCACCGCCCGCCACCCCCUCCUCGCCCAGGCUCCUGGCUGGCGAGCGGGAUGGCGCGCUCCACGCCAACAACGUCAACCGGCACGAGAACCGGCGCUACAUCCCCUUCCUGCCAGGCACCGGGAGGGAUGUGGACACGGGGUCACUGUCCGGUGUGGACCAGCUGAUCGAGAAGUUCGACCAGGGCGGCGCCCCGCGGCGGGGUCGGUCCGGGAAGCGGGGCCGUGUCCGGCCGGGAGACUGGAAGAGGUCCCGCAGCGUGGACAGCGCGGACGGCCCCUUCCCCUUCAGCCUGCGGGGGGACCCGGCCUACCUGGACGAGUUCAACCGUAACCUGGGCAAGUCCACCGAGCACCUCCUGCGCCCGUCCCAGGUGUGCCAGCAGCAGAAGCCCCACGACCGCCGGUCCGCCAGGAGACCCCCCUCUGGCCAGGCCCCGGACGCCCCGGAGGGAACCUCCCGGACCCCGAAACCUGGGAAACAGAAGCAGCAGCAUCGCCCCGAAAACAAAGCAGUUCCUGACCGGAAGGCGGGAAAGCUGGCCGCGCUCCCGGCCCAGGCCAGGAAGGGAGACGACGAAGUCAGGUUGGCCACCGCCACGCUGCAGCUACAAAACCACGUCUCCGCUGCCGCACCCGAAUCCACCACCAAGAAAAUCUCCCUGAGGACGUUUCCAGCGGCCCCGGGUACCCAGGCCACGCCGGAUCUCCUGAAGGGCCAGAAGGAGGUCGCCCAACAAGGCCAUGAGGAGACGGCCAAGCAGAUCCUUUUCAAUUACCUCAGAGAGGGCAUCGACAAUGAUGACGUCACCAAAAGGAAGGUGAACCUGGUCUUCGAGAAGAUCCAGACCCUGAGGUCCCGGGCGGCGGCGAGUGCACAGGGGAGUAGCCAGGCUGCUGAGUCUUCCCUCGAACUCAAAACUCUGCUGGAGCAGAAGAGCAAACUGAGCAAGGAGGUGACCGAGCUGCAGAAGAAACUGGACCUUGAGAUGCAGAACCAGCAGAACCUCAGGGAGGAGAGGGACCAGACGAGGGGGAGCCUAGAGGAGCUGCAGCGACAGCACGAGGGGAAGGUGGAGGAGAACGCCGAGCUGCAGAAACAGAUCGGACAGGGCCAGACCGAGCUCCGGAAAACCCUGGAGGAACUGUUCCGGGUGAGGAUGGAGAGGGAGCAGCAUCAGCUGGAGAUCAGAGACCUACAGGAUCAGCUCUCAGAAAUGCACGACGAACUGGACAGCGCCAAGCACUCAGAAGAUGGGGAGAAGGCGGCUCUGAUCGAGGAGCUGCUCCAGAUGAAGCACGAGCUGCAGGAGAUCCUGAUCAGCCGAGAAGAACAGGAAGACCUUCUCCGCAGGAGAGAGCGGGAGUUGACGGCCCUGAAAGGCGUGCUCAAGGACGAGGUGUCCAGCCACGACCAGGAGAUGGACAGGCUAAAGGAGCAGUAUGACGCGGAACUGCAGGCCCUACGGGACAGCGUGGAUGAAGCCACCCAGAACAUAGUGGCGCUGGCCAGCCGGGAGAGCCCGAUGGCACGCAACGGCCCCGAGGGCCAGGUGAGGGCCCUGGCGGAGGAGAAUGAGAAGCUGCGAGCCCGGGUUAGGGAGCUGGAGCUGGACGCGGCGCAGCUGGAGAACGAGGUCGACGCUGUGUGUGGGGGCGAUGGCGAGGUCUGGGAAAGGGUCCGGAAGCUUGAGGGGGAGAAGCAGCAGCUGCAAGAGGCCCUGGCGCGGGCCGAGGAACAGGACCGGGAGAUGGUGUCAGCCACCCGGGCGCUGGAGAAGCAGCUGGAGGAUGUCCAGAGAAGUCUCAGCCAGACCACACAGGAGCAGCAACAGCUGAUGGCGAAGCUGAAAGAGGAGACGAAGGAGAAGGAGCAGCUGAGGAGGGCGAUGAGAGAGAUGGAGAAGGAGCACUGGCAGACGGACAAAACCAUUGAGAAGCUGCGCAAGGAGGUGGCCGAGGUCACGGAGGCCUCGCGGGCAUCCACUCUGGAGCUGCAGAACCAGCUGAGUGAGGCCAGGGAGAAGACCCGCAAGGAGCUGGGUGAGAUGCAGAGGCAGCUGUUGGAGAAAACCCAGGAGGCGGACAAGUCUCGCAAGGCCACCCAGAAACUACAAGAUGAGACACUCUUGCUGGAGGAGGAGCUGCGAGCCCACCGGCGGGCCCAGGACGAGGCCCUGACCAAGCGACAGCUCCUGGAACAGACGCUGAAGGGCCUGGAAUACGAGCUAGAGGCCAAGAGCCACCUGAAGGAGGACCAAGGACGACAGGUCAAGCUGAUGGAGGACAAGGUAUCACAGCUGGAGAUGGAACUGGAUGAGGAGAGGAACAGCUCAGAUCUGUUGUCGGAGAGGGUGGCUUGGAGCCGAGAGCAGAUCGAACAAAUGAGGAGCGAGCUGGUGCAGGAGAGAGCCUCCCGGCAGAACCUGGAAUGUGACAAGAUCUCCCUGGAGAGACAGAACAAAGACCUGAAGAGCCGCAUCCUUCACCUGGAGGAGUCGCACAGGUCCGGGAAGGAAGGGCUGGUGACGCAGAUGGAGGCUCGGCUCUCGGAGCUGGAGGAGCAGCUCGAUGCUGAGAAGAGGGACCGGGUGACCCUCCAGGUAAACAACCGGCGUCUGGAAAGGCGAGUGAAGGAGUUAGUGAUGCAGGUGGACGAUGACCACCUCUCUCUGACUGACCAGAAGGACCAGCUGAGCCUGCGUCUGAAGGCCAUGAAGCGCCAGAUGGAGGAGGCAGAAGAAGAAAUAGACAGGCUGGAAAGCGCCAAGAAGAAGCUGCAGCGGGAGCUGGAGGAGCAAGUGGACGUGAAUGAGCAGCUGCAGGGACAGCUGAAUGCUGUCAGGAAGGACUUAAGGUGGAAAAGGUCCUCGAGUCGAGUGCUGGAUGACCUGGAUGACGACGACUUCAGCACGGAUGGCGAGAGUGUGUACGAGGGGACCGUGGCUCACACGUUCUCCAAGAAUGGCAGCCCCCCCAGCUAAGCCCCGGCACGGCCCUCACCGCUGCCACCCCGAACCUUUUCCCGACCGCCCCGCCGAGAGCCGAGCCCCCUUCUCACUCCCCCCUAUCGAGCCACUCCUUUCCCAAGGGGGAUGCUGCUGUCUGGGGCCUCGGCGGGGCUCCCCCAGGAGGGGACCGCCCCGACACAGGAUUGUGGGAAACGCCCCGACGACCUCCGGAGACCGCCUCUGGCAGCCUGGGCCGUGGGCUGUGGGGGUCACCGGUCAGCUGCGCGGAGGGCAGAUUGAGAUGACGCCCGAUCGACCUUGGGCCGACCGCUGGGAUUCCGGUUUCUAAAAGCUCCCGGAGUUGCUAAGUCACUUUGACUCACCAAGAGGCCAGAUCCCCACCAAGAGGCCAGAUCCCCACUAAGUGUUCUUUCUCUUGGCAAAGAAACAAAGCCAACAGGAUUGCUCAGUAUUAAGGACCGGAGGCAGGGCCAGGGGCCGGAACAAGACCCCAAAAGGGACUCUGAAGGAGGAUUGAGCAGCAUCGUCGCACAGUCAACUUCCUGCGCGGACAGGGAGAGGGGGGAUAGGGCAAGGCCAAGGGUGUGGGGGGGGAGGGAGGGGGGGAGCAGGUGACCAGCACAGUCAGGUUGGAACUGAAUGUCCCCGGUGUUCCCAGCCCGGUUUUCUGCUUCCAGUUGCCAGCGGGUUAAGAAUGGGCAGGUUGGGAGGGGGGGCGGCCCUGCACGUGGACGGAGCCCUGCUCGGGAAGGGUGGGGAGUGGGAAGGUUUCUUGGUGAAGCCACGGCUCUCGCCCCGGGCCCGAGCUCGCCACCCACCCCAAAACGGCAGCUGGAACGUAGGUUGGGCGGCCGGGUACUUCAUGGUCUCUCCCUGCCGUCAGCCCAGCUGAGGUUGCAGGGCCGGUUUGGGUUGGAACGUCAUCCGGGGACCAUGAAGCGUGACGGAGAGCUUCCGGUCCCCAACCUCAAUGGGCUGGACGGGGCCGCCUCCCACCCUCCCCACAGCCCAAGUGAGAGAGGCAAUUCAUGUCCAUUCUCUGGACUAGAGUCUCUUCCCUGCUUCCUGCCUCCAGCUUGUCAUCUCUGGGGAGGUCACCAACAGAGUGCGACAGCGCCCUCAACCUCUCUCUGCCCUAUUUUUAACCCUGACUGGCGAGGGCCCCAAAGUUGAAGCCAGGCUGCUAUUCCCCAGAAUGGGCUCUUUUCCUGUUGAUCAGUAGCUAACGCCUGCCUAACCCAAGACAGUGUGUUCUUUAUGCUCUCCUCAGCUCCCUAGAAGUUGAUUUCCUUUUCCCAGCAACCGAUGGGGCAGGCCGCUCACCCUCUGGCCAGCAGACAAGAGCUGCCGUGGUGGCCCUUGCUCUGUUGCGCCGGUGGGUACCCCUGAGCCACGCUGACCCCUUAGGGUCCCUGGAUCUCGGCUGCGGCCCCCCUCCCCUCCGUCCACCGCCAAGACUUGUCAGAUUCAGAAUCCACUCAAUAAAUGCCACUCUCCAGGCCGGUCCUUC